GCAUUGAUAUAACACCAGAACCGCUAUUUUAAAACUAAAGAUAGAUUCAACUGUGGGUAUUUGUAUGUUGACUUCAGUCUGUUUUAUAAAGCAGUGAGAUAUUCUUUAACGGUGUGUUGUGAUUGGAACUACACCGUGCUGACACGGAUAAAAACUCAGUCCAUUUCAAUGCCAGAAGGGAUGGUUGAUCUGGUCAGCAUUCAGCCGUAAGAAUAGACGCCACACUGGAUAUGAUUUGGACGUGACUUCUUUGGUGACUCUGCUGAGGGUAUCUACCAUCUCUUUCACGUAAUCCUGUAAAGUUACUUAGCGACGACGUAUCGUUCAUAUCAACAUUUCAAAAGUAGAGUUUGUUCUCAUUAGAGAGAGAGAUAUCACAUGAAGGAAAGAUCAUGAGCAGGGAACAAAGUAAAAAUGGUCGGCCUGAAACCAGGGCUGUGAGCUUUGAUGACACACAAGGCAGAAGAAGAUCUGUGACUGGUGGAGGAAAUACUCCCGUGUCUUUACCCUCGCGAAACGAGCUUACACCCCAGGACAACCGAGGCCGGAAUUCAGAUCCUGAUGUUGCCAGACUUUCUAGAAGUUCUAGCCACCCAAAAGAAGACGUUGCGUCCAGCCGCAAGGGGUCUGUUAUAAGUGGGGGAAAUACCCCCUUAGCCCCAGUUCCAAAAGAUGACCUUAGUCCUGAGGAAGUCAUGAACUCUGACCCGGAUCUUCCAAGACAAUCUAGAAACAACGGUCGUGUUACCGGGGAGAGGAUCGCCCCUCCUCAACCCAGAAACGUUAACCCUCCUCGGUUCGAGCCCAGACACAGCUCUCUCUCCCAGAGGUCCCCGUUGGUCAACUCAAGUUUCCUGGACGAGCACUUGAUGAUCUCCAACUCAAGGCUCGACAGUACCCUGCUCAGGAUGUUUUCUCAGGAGCAGUACCCCAGAGGAGGCGCCCUCGCGACGCCUUCCAUGGCCGGCGCCUACCAGUCGGAUGAUAUCAGCAUGGCGCCCGUGAUGUGGAGGGUCCAUCCUAUGGAUCCCAUCCAUAAAGAAACACUGGAACGUGAAAUGAGCUACAUAGCAGACAAUGUCUAUCCUAUGGAUAUUUUGGGAGACCUGUGUCGGAGUAAUGUUCUCACCAACACAGAUUACAAACAGUUGAACAGAAUUGAAGGUCAAGGCGAUAGAGCUGUGACCAGGCUUAUGGUCAAGACGUUACAGAGACGAGGUCAGAAUGCCUACCCGGCUUUUCUCCAAGUCUUGCAGUCCCGGGGGUAUCUGAGCAUUUGCGAGAGGCUCCUAGAGUCUGAGCGUUCAUUAAAGUUUGGCAUGAGGUCAGAACGGCCUCUGACUGACUGGGAGAGUCUCAGCAGGACAACGCCAAGUUCUUUCCAGACAUUGCCUACAUUCAGGAAAAGACAAUCUCCGUUGACAUCAGACUACAACAACUACCCUCUGCACAGCUCCUUACCACUAAGUCUAUUCUCAGCCGGGUAUAACUCCUCUUUGUCCCACCCGAUUCCUUUGACUAUUCCAUUGUCUCCCCCUGAUUACCCGUUAGUGACCAAUCAAGGGAUGAAUUUUAGUGGACGAUUAUCCCCCUUGAUUCAAGAGCCCGCCAAGUUGAAUCACAUAGAAAGACAGCUAGACACUCUGAAAGAUGAGCUGAAAUAUUUACACGAGGACAUGCAUGACUUGAAAUCAGCUUUACGGCAAGGAAACAGAGACAGACUCACCGACGAUAUCAAACGCCCCGAGCGCCCCAGUGACUCCACUCCUCCGGAUCAGUCUGUUAAAGAGCAGCAUCCCAAUCCCCCUCAGCGAACAGUUUCACCCAAGCAGGAGCACAUCAUCAACACCCCAGCGCCCGGCGACCACGAGCAGCCGGGGCCAGAAGAGAUGACAGUGAUGCUGAGCCCUGAGCAGCUGAAAGCUUACAAGGUGAUCGAGGCGCAGCAGCUCAAUAGGCAUCUCAGAGACUUGCAGGAGGAGGUCAAGGCUCUUCACGAUGACGUCACGGCACUCUCGACCUCCAGGUCUAUCAAAGAUGGACGCAAAACCCGGUCCGACUGGUCAAUGGUGGGCGAAGAGCUAGAAGAAGCGCCUUCUGAGAUACUUACUUCCAGAACUGGACAAAUCCCGGCAACCUCAGAAGUACACGAUACAUCCACUGACAGACCCACUGACAGACACGCUUCGAUGGUCCCUUUCAGUUCAGCUCCGCGAAGAACAACUCAUAGAGACUGCGAUCCACUUCCCAACCCGUGGUCAGUCCAGGCCAAUACCCAGAAACGGGGGAAAUCUCAGCCUUGGACUGAGCCAGAGGUCAAAAGAGCCAAGACUAAAAACGCUACCUCCCGUGUGACUCACGAGAGUCACGACCCGUUGCCACGAGAGAGUAAGUCCAGUCUACUUGGGUCCUUAACGUUCGACGACAACGACCUCGUCACUUCCGGGUCACCACGAUCCCGUCAUGCACCGAAAGAAAGUUCUACCGGCGAAAUCAACGAAACGAAUUCUUCUGUAGAUAAAGUACCACAACAAAAACUGAAUACAACAUUUAAACAAAAGCAUAUUCACGGGCAACCUGACACUUGGGAUGACAUUCAGUUUAAACCUCACACCAAAACGAAACCUGUCAACAAACAUGGAACUAAUAAAAAGACCGGAAGUGAACCGCUGAACAGUUCUACAAGCAUCGCAACAUCUAAAGUAGAACAGCUCCAAAAUCCAAGAAAAUCAAAAUGGGACAAUUCACUUUUACUUGACAAAACAGCAUCAGCGUCUUUGGAUAAUACUAAUAACAAUUUAAAAACAAAGAGCACAAACAAAGGUGUUAAAGCAAUGCACGAGAAAGAAAACAAAGCAGACAAAGAUGUUCAGAAAAAUGAAACUUUAAGUACCAAACAUCAGAACAUAGUUGCUGAUAAGACAUCGUCAGACGUUUUAACUGCUGGUGACUACAAUACAACUAGAGAAACCAACAAAAAAGCAGAAGCAGGCAAGAUUCCGGAACAAUCUCACAAGGUGUCGUUAAUCAAAAAGAAAGUGAAUGAUGAGAACUCGGGAUAUUAUGGACAAGAUCUCAGUCACGCGCAAGAGAAAUUAAGCGCACAGGACAAAAAUAAGCAGCCUCGCCGAACUCUCGUCGCAACGAAUUUGAACGAGACUCACUUUCCAUUAGAGACUUCAAAAGAGGAGAGCUACGCCCCUCUGGGUUACAUAACUAGCGACCUUCAGCAAAAAAUGAAAACUCUGAAAGACGAUAUUGCAGCUUUGAGGGCCCAGAAACACGCAGAUACGCCCAGGUCUCAGACAGAUAGCAGCAGAGAUCAAGAGAACCAGGCGCACAAGUUAGAGAAGCAGCUGGGGGAACUCUAUGGUCAGUUACGUACACUGCGAGGGGAUGUCUCUCAACUCAAGUCAGAGAAACAGAAGAAGGUAUCCAUCACAGAACCGCUGGAAAGUCCGAGAAAACCGGUCACUACAAAGCAGAACCCUGACCCCGCGACACAGGGGCGCCCAGCUACAAGACAGAGCAAUCCAGUCAACAAACAAAACGUUCCAGAAAACAGUAGAAAGUCUUCCCCCAUUUACCUGAGCCCCCAGGAGGAUCCGCCUACCACGCCAGAGCCCAAUUCUGAAGGUGACAGAAUUGAGGUCACUUCCAGCGGUAUCCGCAUCACUACGCCCUAUGAGAUACUCGGUCCGCCCGCGGAGGGCGGCACAAGAGCCAAAAGGAUAACCUCCCCUUUAACAGUGCUCCCAGACCACAGUCUCCCCUGGCCAGAAGCCACAAGGGUGAGAGUCUCAUCUUAAGGAAGUGCUUGGCAACACACAAAAAUUGUCUCAUUAGUGCGAAUGUUAUUUAUACACUUAAUGUAUGUGUUUACUGUCUCAACAUAUUUUUUAUUUUGACUAUUGAACAGUUCAACUCCAUGAAACCCAACCAGCGCUUAAUUAGUCAAUGUAAUUUUAUCAUGUAAAUUAAAACAUUUUUUUUUCAAUAAACCAUCGAUGUAAUAAAGUUAAUAAAUCUAAUAAACGCUUUAUACUCU